UCAUGGCUGGCCUAAAGUGUACCGUAUUGUUAGUGUUUAUGAUCGCAGUAGUUGUGAUGGCCCACACUGCUGAAGCUCAGGUGUGCUCCACUCAGUUGAGCAACCUAAAUGUGUGCGCGCCCUUCGUAGUGCCCGGCGCAUCCGUCCCGCACCCCACAUCUGAUUGUUGCGUGGCUCUCGGAGCCCUCAAUCAUGACUGUAUUUGCAACACUCUCCGCAUUGCUUCCCAGCUUCCCUCCCUUUGCAACGUUCCGGCUGUUCCCUGUGGUAUGCAAUUUUUGCUCUAUACAAAUAUACACACAUUUAACAAUAUAUAUAACUUACAUAGCACUUCUUUUUUUUUUUUGGCUGAUAUAUUUUUUUUAUGAAUGCAGCUGCAAAUUGAAGAAGGAAAUGGAUACGAACUACUUACUGUUUGAUGAAUAAUCUGGAAGUUUUAUAAUUAGUUUUCUUGUCUUUUUUUUUUUUGGUAAUGUCUUUGUGAUCUAUCGCUAAUGUUGUGGAGAUCAAGAAGAUAACUUAUAUUAUCAAAUAAAAUAACAGUAUAUUUCUCCUUAAUUUAUUAGUGAUAUAAGUGAACCAGGUUAUGCAUAUUUUGAUCUUAACAAGACUUGGCUCAGAAUAAUGGAGAUAAUGCAACCAAUUUUUUUUUUUUUUUUUAAAAAAGAUUAAUUGAUCCCAUUGAUUAUUUAAUCGAUUUUGAAUAAAAAAAAAAACUCAAGAAAUAAAUAAGUUAAUUGAUGAUAAGAUGUUUUACGAGUUGAACGACA